AUGGCGAAAAGAAGAAAAAGCCUUGCUGACCAAGUUCCCACUGAAAUCUUUUGGUCUAUCUUCAACAAGUUAAGUUUCAUAGAUCUGAUUCAAGCCAAAGCUGUUUGUUCUUCUUGGAAUUUAGCUGCAGAAGAGUUCGUUACAAAGAUGCCAUGGCUAAUGCUUCCUUCGAAGAAAGAAGUUGAAGAAGGAGACGGUGCUUUUGUUAACAACAAUGGCUACAAUGGGUUUUUCAAUCUGUGUGAAAAUAGGGUUUAUAACUUGAAAACCACGCCAAUGGAAUUCAGGGAAAGCUGUUGUAUUGGUUCAUCGAAUGGAUGGUUAGUUUUCUUGGAACACAAGGCAGUCCCCUUUUUAUUCAACCCUUUCAAGCAAAUCAAAAUACACCUCCCUUCUGUUGAUUAUCUUUUAGGGUUAAAAAAGAUGGAAAGAAACGAAGAUGGUGAGUAUGAACUUGAUUAUCUUAAAAAGAAUCAAAGGUUUUUUUUCAAGGUCUGCGGGAAACAACAAGUACGAGAAUGUUUUAUUCAGAAGGCAAUCCUGUCUGGAAAACCAGAUUGUAAUGAAAACUUCGGUGUGGUUUUGUUAUGCAACAAUCGUGAAGAGAUUGCUUAUCAUCAACGUGGAUACAAUUCUUGGACCGUCAUUGAUGUUAGCCAUCCACCUUACCAAGACAUAAUCUGCUAUAAAAACCAUAUCUACGCAUUGAGUGAUAACAAUAGUAUCGAAGUAUGGGAUUUAGGCGGCAGGGACUACGUUGGCCGGAUCGUCAAAAAGUCCGAUAUCGUUCUUCCCUUUCCCGAUAAGUCACAUACCAAAGGAAAUUCUUUAAGAGGUUUUGGUACCAGCAAGUUCUAUUUGGUCGAAUCAUGUGAUGAUCUUCUCCUUAUUGUGAGAUUCAUUGGGGAUUAUGUGGAUCUUGAUGGAACAUUACUUACUGAGUGGGAUCUUUUAACUGAAACCUGCACCCAACCCAAAAUAUGUCCUUACAGAACAUGUUUCUUCCAUGUUUAUAAACUGGAUUUCAAUGAACUAAAAUGGGUGGAAGUCGAAUCUUUAAAUGAUCGAGCUUUGUUCUUGGGUGGGAAUCAAUCUGUUUCGGUCUCCGUUCAAUCUUUUCCAAACUGCGAAACAAAUUCUAUUUACUUCACCGAUGAUUGUUGGCAGAAAAUGGAAGAAGAUUAUAAUUAUGGUGGUCAUGAUAUGGGCAUAUAUAACAUUAAAGAUGAAAGUUUCAAGCCAAUUUAUGAGUUUUCUUCAGACAAGAUUCAACCACCACCUUGUUGGAUCAUCCCAUCAUCUAUGUUAGAAUCCCAGCUUGGACAAUGUGUUGCAAGCUUGCCGGGCUGUAACUAAAUUUUUUUUUCAUCAGAUAU